AUGAGCGUCAGUGUUGAAUGCUCAUUUGCUCAUCUCUUGACGGUCCUUGUGUCUAUCGCUCUCUGCUCGCCAAACAUUUUCACCAUGCAUGCUCGACAAGUGCCAAUGUAUUGCUUUGUGAUAAGACCGGAUCUUAUAGUAGAAAGAAUCACGAAACUACGGUUAACUAACUGCGCUGAAGAGGAAAUGCACAAAAUAUGCAACAGUGCAAGACGAAAUAAAGCGAAGGAAACGCGAUCCGGUUGUCAUCCAAUGUCAAUAUUCAGCUGCAUCUUUUUGCGUCAACAUUUUCCAUGGCUCUGCACUCUCAACUCAAUGGAACAUGUUAUUGACCUUGUUGAAGAAGCAAAUCCUUGUAGGAACUUUGUGAGAAUGAAAAGAACACCGAGCCUUCGAAUGGUGCUGGUGGCACUGGUUGUCUCUUUAGGCGGUUCUUUUCAUUUCGGAUAUCAACUUGUCAUUACAAAUCCAUCUCAAUUCGCUUUCAUACAGUUUCUCAAUGAAACAGUUGGACAAAAACUGACUACAGGAUCUGAAAACUCCUUAGAUAAAAUCUGGAGUUUCGUGGUUGCUGUAAUAUUCCUGGGUGCUUUGUGUGGAUCGUUCUUAAUUCGCUUAGUUGCUGAUGAAAUAGGAAGAAAAAGAGGGCUAUUUGUAUCUAUCGGUAUAGGUGUUAUAUCCGCAGCAUUGUCAGCAAUUUCAAAAUUUAUCCCAAGUUUCGUGUUAUAUGCGUUGUCCAGGGUGACCAUGGGUUGCUCUGUUAGUCUUAGUCUCGGUUUGGCAGCUCUAUUCCUUUCUGAAGUCAGCCCAAAAGAAUGUCGAGGUUCAAUUGGGAUGAUUACUGGCACAUGUGUGCAAUUUGGGACUGUUGUGGGAUCAAUUAUAGCAAUGCCACAAAUUUUUGGCACAUUUGACCAUUGGUAUCUGAUCUACGUCAGUGAAAUCGUGAUGAUGCUAUCUUUUGCUAUUUUUCUCCCUUUUCUUCCAGAGACACCUGGGUUUCUUGCACAAAGAGGUGCUUAUGAAGCUGCUACAAAAUCGCUCAAGUUCUAUUACAAAUGCAACGAAGAGGCUGCGCAGCAACAUCUUUUGAAUAUAAAGGAGGAGCAGAAACGGUACACGAAGGUCUACACUAUGACGAGUGUGAUGAAGAAGGGAUCAUUGAGGAAAAAAGCGAUGAUUGGUAUUGUUGUAACAUUCGCGAUGUCGUUCAGCGGCAUAUCCGUGAUUAAUGCAUAUGCAGUCGAAAUUCUAAGAGGGACUGGGUUGACUACAUUGGAAGCAUCUCUAGCCAAUAUCGGGAUUGCUUUUGUUAGCAUGGUUGCAAUUGUAGCCUCAUCGAUGGUGGUCGAUAAAUUUGGUCGACGACCACUUCUGUUGGUAGCAUUCACCGGCUGCUUAAUAUGCAACCUUUUUGUUUUUGCUUUAAUGUUUACUUUCCACAAGUAUGGGUACAACGCUCUCGGUUUCAUCCUAAUAUUUGUUAUUUGUGUUUUCAUUAUAUUCUUUGCUAUUGGACCUGGUCCACUUUGCUACUUUAUUAAUGCUGAACUGGUAGGACAAGCAGCUCGAAGCGGCGCUCAAAGCUGGGGAAGCGUAGUGCAGAUGUUGAGUCGUUUCGUUAUUGUAACAAUAUUCUUGCCGAUGAGGGACUCUCUUGGCGAUUCAUGGUCGUAUCUUAUCAUGUUUGUUGUCCCAGUAAUCGCCUCGAUUAUCUUCCUCUAUUUUCAUUUACCAGAAACGAAAAAUAAAUCUCCACCCGAAGUUGAAGAAGCUAUAGCAAAGCUUCCGACGAUAUUUUCGCUAAGGUCAAGAAGAGAAGAUUCUUGUAAGAAGUAG